UUUCGGGCUGGUGGGCUUUUUGUGUCCGCUUCCCAAUACUUUUAUUUUAUAAAUUAAAAAUUAAUCAUCGUCUCUCUUGUGUCUCUCUGUUCAUCACUUUUCUUCUUUUGAUGUUCUUGUAGCGUCUGUACGAAAUCUCACAAGGUUUCUUCUUCUCAGAUUUAGAAAUACUUGUGUGAUAUCUUCUGAGUAACCAAAUUCUUGAUAAAGUUUCUAGCUUUAUUCAAACCCAUUUGAAAAAUCCGGUGGUGAAUCGCCGGAGAAAUGUGUUUUUCGUUUCUCCACUGAGUUUUUUUUGUUAAGAAAUCUGUUAAAACUCUAGAUUUCAAACGAAUGACAUUUUCUGAGAUUGAGGAACAUUGUGAAUCGAGGACUGGAGUGAAGAUUCUCUGAUGAGUGAUUCAGAAGAAGACGAAGAAGAAGAAGAAGCUAGUGAAGUCAUUUUAAGCAGCGUCGUUCAGAAGAAGAAGAAGAAGAAUCUGCGUUUCGGUGAAGAAGUAGAGAGACGAGACGGUUUGGUGUUGUUAGCUCAAUCUACUCCAAUGGUGAGAUCGAGAUCUCAAGGAACGACUCGGCGCGUGACUCCCACGCCUUUAGUAGAUGUUGAGAAGCCGCUACCAAACGGAGAUCUUUACAUCGGAAGUUUCUCCGGUGGGUUUCCACAUGGAUCCGGGAAGUAUCUAUGGAAAGAUGGGUGCAUGUACGAAGGAGAUUGGAAACGAGGGAAAGCUUCAGGGAAAGGCAAAUUCUCAUGGCCAAGUGGAGCUACUUACGAAGGUGAAUUCAAAUCUGGGAGAAUGGAAGGUUUUGGUACUUUCACUGGAGCUGAUGGAGAUACUUAUAGAGGAACUUGGGUUGCUGAUAGAAAACACGGACAUGGACAAAAGCGUUAUGCAAAUGGAGAUUUUUAUGAAGGUACUUGGAGAAGGAAUCUACAAGAUGGUAGAGGUAGGUAUGUGUGGAGAAAUGGGAAUCAGUAUACUGGAGAGUGGCGUAGUGGUGUGAUUUCUGGGAAAGGUUUGCUUGUUUGGCCUAAUGGGAAUCGAUAUGAAGGUUUGUGGGAGAAUGGGAUUCCUAAAGGGAAUGGUGUGUUUACUUGGAGUGAUGGGAGUUCUUGUGUUGGUGCUUGGAAUGAGAGUAAUAUUAUGAGGAGUUUCUUUAAUGGUGUUGAGAAGAAUGAUUUGAUUGUGGGGAAUAGGAAGAGAUCUUCUGUUGAUAGUGGAGCUGGGAGUUUGGGAGGUGAGAAAGUUUUUCCAAGAAUCUGUAUUUGGGAAUCUGAUGGUGAAGCUGGAGAUAUCACUUGUGAUAUUAUUGAUAAUGUUGAAGCUUCCAUGAUUUAUAGAGAUAGGAUCUCUGUUGAUCGUGAUGGGUUUAGGCAGUUUAAGAAGAAUCCUUGUUGGUUUAAUGGUGAGGCUAAGAAACCUGGACAGACUAUUUCUAAAGGGCAUAAGAAAUAUGAUUUGAUGCUGAAUUUGCAAUUAGGAAUCAGGUAUUCUGUUGGCAAACAUGCUUCGAUUGUUCGUGAUCUUAAACAGACUGAUUUCGAUCCAAAGGAGAAAUUUUGGACAAGGUUUCCACCAGAAGGGACUAAGACAACACCGCCGCAUCAGUCAGUGGAUUUCAGGUGGAAGGAUUAUUGCCCUUUAGUGUUCAGACGUCUCAGGGAGCUUUUCCAAGUGGAUCCAGCUAAGUAUAUGCUAGCUAUAUGUGGAAAUGAUGCUCUCCGCGAACUAUCUUCACCUGGAAAGAGUGGAAGCUUUUUUUACCUAACUCAAGAUGAUAGAUUUAUGAUCAAAACGGUGAAGAAAUCAGAAGUCAAGGUUCUUCUAAGAAUGCUUCCAAGUUACUACAAACAUGUCUGCCAAUACGAAAACUCCCUUGUGACUAGAUUCUACGGUGUUCAUUGUGUCAAACCUGUUGGUGGCCAAAAGACUCGGUUUAUCGUUAUGGGAAACUUAUUCUGCUCCGAGUAUAGAAUCCAGAGACGGUUUGACCUCAAAGGGUCUUCUCAUGGGCGUAGCACUGCAAAGCCUGAAGGAGAAAUUGAUGAGACCACGACUCUCAAGGACCUUGAUCUCAAUUUUUCUUUCCGUCUUCAGAGAAACUGGUAUCAAGAGCUUAUGAAGCAAAUAAAACGCGAUUGUGAGUUCUUGGAAGCAGAGAGAAUAAUGGAUUAUAGCCUUUUAGUUGGUGUUCACUUCCGUGAUGACAACACAGGAGAAAAGAUGGGGCUUUCUCCAUUCGUUUUGAGAUCUGGUAGGAUAGAUUCAUAUCAGAAUGAAAAAUUCAUGCGCGGUUGUCGCUUCCUAGAGGCAGAACUUCAAGACAUGGACCGGAUUUUAGCUGGCAGGAAACCAUCGAUCAGAUUAGGCGCAAACAUGCCAGCAAAAGCUGAACGAAUGGCCCGGAGAAGCGAUUUUGAUCAGUAUUCAUCAGGAGGAGCCAGUUAUCCAUCACACGGUGAGAUGUACGAAGUUGUUCUCUACUUUGGAGUCAUUGACAUCUUGCAAGACUACGACAUAACCAAAAAGAUCGAGCAUGCGUAUAAGUCACUGCAAGCCGAUCCUGCUUCGAUCUCAGCUGUUGAUCCUAAACUCUAUUCAAAGAGGUUCAGAGACUUCAUCAGUAGGAUCUUCAUUGAAGAGGGCUAAAGACAAGAAGGCUAAAGUUUUUAACUAACAUUCUCGGCUCUACGGAAAUGUGAAGAAAGCUGCGCGGGAAGAGUAAAAAGGUAAAUCUCAAGGAUAGAAGAAAAGCGAUUUCGGAAUUUUAUGUUUAUAUAUUUUGAGAUGACCAAUCAAGUUUUUGGGUUGGGGAGGGGCUUUAUUUAUUUUUGUGGUGAGCCGUUUAUAUAUAUAAUAUUUAUAUAUGUGAAUAUAGAUUGAAGGUUUUAGUACAUAGGCAGACAAGAAAUUACAAGGAAAAAAGGGUUUGGUAAAUUCCGAAAAUGUGGAAUAAAGUAAAGUGUACAAGUAAAAAAAUGAAAGAUAGUAAUACCAUUAAUUAGUUCUCUUAAUCCCAUAUUCUCAUAGGAUCCCUCCUUAACCAUCCAAAGUUAAGGGGUCCAUUAUUUUGUUGUUGUUUAUUUUCUUUCAAUACAACUUUACCACUUGC